AUUGUGGACUACUCACCAAUUCUUGAAUGUAAACCGGACUUCACACCCCUACAACACAUUUUUACGAAGAAAUAUCUCACCCACCCAAGUUCCACAGAAGUAGAGGAAUCUUAUGUGGCUGUGGUGAUGGAAUAUGGAUUAAAAAACGACCCGGGUUUAUCCGAUUUCGAAAAUGUUUUAACUAAUACAAGAGAAUGCGUAUUCCAAAUUGGACAAGCUAAAAACGAAUCAAAUGCCAACAUCAUAGUUUUUCCAGAAUACGUUUUAACGACUCCAAAUUUACCCAACAAUUUGGAAAAUAUUAGCACCUAUGUUCCGACUCCAGCUGAAGAUGCCUCACCAUGUAUGCGAGUAAGGAGUCCAUAUGCAGAUUUUCUUGUUCUUAUAUCUUGUGCUGCAUUUCAACAUCAAGUUUACGUCGUCAUAAAUGUUAUCGAAAAAGCCAAUUCAUCAACCAACUCUAUAAUUUAUUAUAAUACUAAUGUAGUUUUUGAUACAAGAGGUGCUGUAAUAGCAAGAUAUCGUAAAAUUAAUUUGGUUAACGAAGACAUGUUCACGCCAGGCGAAGAAGUUACGGUAUUUACAAGCUUCGGUGUUACAUUCGGUCUUUUAUCAACAGCCGAUAUUCUGCACAAAAACCCGUUGGAAACGUUAAUGAAUGACCUUAGAGUCACCGACCUUAUCUACCCAAAUUCUUGGCAUUCUGAAACGCCAUUCUUUAAAGGUCUUUCGUUACAAGACGGCGUUGCUAAAAAAUAUGGAGUUAAUCUCUUAGCAUCGGGAUAUAGUGAUCCAAGAGACGGCAUGGGCGGUUCUGGUAUUUUUCUAUCUGAUGCUUCAAUCGGAAUCAUUGAUUUAUCAUUAAUCACUACGCAAACCAGAUUAGCAUCAAGAGUUAAUAUUAUACCAACGAGAAUGCCAGCUAGCGUUUGUGAACACAAUGUUAAUGUAAUCCCAAGAAUCGGUGGACAACCUCCCACCGUAGAUAAUUUUGGAUUAAAUUUCGAAAACAUGGAACUUUACACUUUCGUCGAUUUGGAACUUGGAGUAAAUGUGACCACCAGUGAAGUUUGUAGCGAAGGAAGUGAUUUUUGUUGCGAAUACGACAUCGCCUUUAAUUCUCCUUUAACAAAUACCAGCACAGUUUACAAAGUUGCCGCUUUUUAUGGUAUUCGAUCGAUGAGCAAUCCACUUUCAACGUUAGGAGUAAGAAGUUGCGCUUUGGUGGCUUGCCAAAAUGAUAAUUCAUCAUCGUGUAGUAUGAGACCAUCGGCUUUUAACGUAGAGUUCUCAAGGGUUACCAUAAAAACUCACGUUCCAACGAACCAAGAUACUUUUUACAUACCAUCGACUCUUAGCAGCUCUUUACGUCCUUUAACUUUGUACACUUAUUGCGAGGGAGAUAUAGAAGAUGGGCAAGUUGAAAUUGCAAUGACCAUAGAGAGAGCUAAUGAUAUCAUGGCUUUUGGAAUAUUUGGGCGAGUUUAUAAUUUGGAUGGUGGGGAAGUUGGAAGAGGUUUUGGAUCAUUUAUUAAAGCAUUAACAAUGUUGAUUUUUUCAUCAAUCGUCGCUGCGUAUUUAAUGUAAUUUUUUAUUGAAUAUUUAUCAUUAUCAUUUUUGUCAUUUAAAUCAAUAAAAAUUAAGUAUGCUUAGUAAUGUAGAUAAACAUUUAAUUUAGAAAAUAGGCGCCAAAUGCAAAUAUAAUCAAUUAGUAAGUUUUAGAUUAAAUUUUUUUGUAUUACUAAAGUUAAAUAA